AUGGAUAGAAGAGAAGCUAACGGUGAGGUUGAGGCCAAGAAGUUACAAGUUCCGGCUGAAGCUUUGGCUGCAGCGAGGCAUGAGCUCGGUGAACAUAAUGGUAUUAACAUAUCCAUAGAGGCCUCUAAUACCUUCACCUUCAAGAAUACCGACACCAUGAACCGUGCAUUCCUCGGCGAGGUCGGCCCGAAGACUGGAGUUUACAUCUAUAGUCGUCACUUAAACCCCACCAUAUUGAACCUUGGCCGUCAGAUGGCUGCCUUGGAAGGAACUGAGACUGCCUAUUGCACUGCUAGCGGUAUGUCUGCGAUAUCAUCAGUGUUGCUGCAGCUUUGCAACACUGGUGGACAUGUGGUGGCGGCUAAGACUCUCUACGGUGGAAGUCACUCCCUGUUAACCCAUUUCUUACCACAGAAAUGCAACAUAACAACAACGUUUGUGAACAUUUUUGAUCUCGAGGAGGUUAAUAAUGCAAUGAUUGAAGGAAAGACCAGUGUGUUGUACUUUGAGUCCAUCUCGAACCCAACUUUGAUUGUCGCUAACAUCCCUGAAUUGUGCAAAAUAGCACAUGAGAAAGGGGUCAAGGUGGUGGUGGACAAUACUUUUGCUCCAAUGAUUCUAUCCCCUGCAAAGCUUGGAGCAGAUGUAGUUGUGCACAGCAUCUCCAAGUAUAUCAGUGGUGAAGCGGAUAUUAUUGCAGGUGCUGUUUGUGGCCCUGCUGAUAUAGUGGACCAGAUGAGGGAUCCUCACCAAGGGCCUCUGAUGAUUCUUGGGCCGACAAUGAAUCCCAAGUUAGCCUUCGAAAUAUCAGGGAGAAUUCCUCACUUGGGCAUGAGAAUGAAGAAACAUUGCAAACGAGCAAUGAAAUUUGUCACCAAAAUGAAGGAACUGGACCCUGAGCUUGAAGUCAUAUACCCCGGGCUUAAAGAGCAUCCACAGCACAAUCUCUUGAAGUCCAUGUCUAAUAAAGAUUAUGGGUUUGGUGGGGUUUUUUGCAUUGACAUGAAAACUGAAGAAAGGGCUUAUCGUUUGAUGGACAAAUUGCAAAACAACUCCAAAUUUGGGUUCAUGGCCGUUAGCUUGGGCUAUUAUGAGACCCUCAUGUCUUGCUCUGGUAGUAGCACUAAUAGUAUGUUGAACAACAAGGAAAAGGAAAGAGCUGGCAUUUCUCCUGGGUUGGUAAGAUUUUCUGUUGGAUACAUUGGGAGUUUUGAGCAGAAAUGGAGCCAAUUCACAGAGGCAUAUUCAGAAAUGUAA